AUGACGGGGCCAGCAUUGAGUAGCAGUGGGCUAUUCCAAUUUUUGGUGCAAGUGAUAAAAGGACGAUGGUUCACUGUGUUCGCCUCCUUGUUUAUUAUGGCAGGGGGUGGUGCAACUUACAUAUUUAGAAACUAUUCACAAGCAAUUGUAGAUGCUCUUGGAUAUGACGAGGCAGAUAUCAAUACGAUGAGCUUUUACAAGGACGUUGGUGCACAUGUGGCCAUCGUGGCAGGCCUAAUUGGUGAGGUAAUACCAUCAUGGCUCAUGCUUUUCAUUGGUGCAGUCAUGAACUUUGGAGGCUACUUCAUGAUAUGGUUGGCAGUCAAAGGCAAAAUCGCCAAGCCACACAUUUGGCAAAUGUGCCUCUUCAUUGCAAUAGGAACUGAUUCUCAGAAUUUCACAAAUACAGCAGCUGUUGUCACUUGUGUCAAGAACUUCCCCGAAAGCCGAGGGGUUGUGAUUGGUCUUCUAAAGGGUCUCGUUGGACUUAGCGGAGCUAUUUUGACACAACUUCACCUUGGAAUCUAUGGAAAUGAUUUGGAUUCCCUUAUUUUACUCAUUGGAUGGGCGCCAGCGAUGGUAGCAUUGUUGUUUAUGUUCACAAUUCGGUUGAUGAAGACUGAAAGGCAACGAUACGAGCUGAGAGUGUUUUUGCAUUUCUUUUAUAUGACAAUCUUACUUGCAAUCUUUCUCAUGGUCGUGACAUUACUUAGGAAAUACAUUGAUUUCCCUGAAGCAUUCAACGUUGAAAGUGCUAUAAUGGUUACUGCCUUGCUCGUACUCCCUAUCUAUAUUGUCAUUAGAGAAGAGGCACUCUCAUGGAAGCUCAAGAGAAGGCAAUUGAAUAAUCUUCCUACCGAGGUAAUCAUUGACGAACCACAAGCUUUGCCAGAACAUUCAUCUAGUAAUAACAACCAUGAGCAAGGAAACAAUGAGAAAUUUUCAUCUUGUUUUGCAAACAUUUUCAACAAGCCAGAAAGAGGAGAAGACUACACAAUUCUGCAAGCAAUCCUAAGUGUUGACAUGUUAUAUAUAUUCAUUAUGUCACUAUGUGGACUCGGGACAUGCUUAACAGUCAUAGACAAUUUCAGGGCCAUUGGUGAGGCUAAGAAAUUACAAUCCCGGACCAUAAGUUCUAUCAUAACCCUUAUAAGCAUAUGGAAUUACUUUGGGAGGGUCUAUGCUGGUUUUGUCUCAGAGCUUUUAUUACUAAAAUAUAAAUUUCCUCGAACCAACAUGAUGGCUUUUUCACUCUUCAUCUCAUGCAUUGGAACCCUCCUCAUUGCCUUUCCAAUAAUCCCUGGUUCAUACUAUAUGUCAUCACUGCUCGUUGGGUUUUCAUAUGGUGCACAAGUCACAUUGCUUUUCACAAUCAUUUCCGAGCUCUUUGGCCUUAAGUACUACUCCACUCUAUUCAAUUGUGCACAAUUGGUAAGCCCACUUGGGGGAUUCUUACUAAAUUCAAUGCUCGUUAAAUCCUUCUACAAAAGAGAGGCAUUGAAGGAUGCUGUACUUGGACCUGAUGGGACUUAUCCAAAAGAGCCGACCUGCAUCGGUGACCAUUGUUUCAGGUUAUCCUUCUCAAUUUUGGCUUGUGUCACAUUCGUAGGAAUUCUUUCUUCCCUAAUUUUGACAUGGAGGACAAAAGAUUUUUACAAAGGUGACAUAUAUAAGAAGUAUAAAGUUGACAAAAGCAAAAAUAGCCCAGUUGACAGUGUCAAGAAUUAUAAUGGAGAAACAUAUGUGAAGUUUAAUGAGACCAACAAGGCCACACCAGGGACAUAG